AUAAUUUAAUAUUUUGAUUGGUUUGCUUGGAAUUGUUGGAUUUGUGUGCGGGGAGUUGAAUAAAAACAUUUUGCUUCGUUCCCAUAGAAAAAAUUAAGAAACCUAUUCAACCAAGACGAUGGUGCAGGCAUCAGCAAGCUUUCUUGCGACUCCCCCCCCUCGCAUGGUUGUCCACUGUUGGGCAUAGAAAAAGGUUGCAUGGUUCCUCACGGUUCACGCUAUCACAAUCAUAGUUGCCUUCCACCACCAUAAACGCAAUCGAACCGUCUUCUCUAUCGCAACCGACCGUCUGCGUGAUUCUUACGGGCAAAUUUCUGUUAAUCAAGUCUCAAACUGUUAUGUUUCGUUUUCGCCGGCGGGAGACGAAAAGCCCCCAGAGAGGGCUCGCGACGUUUACAACACGCCCUGGAAAUCUAUUCGCAAAACAAUAAAAAAAAAUUCUAUUUGACCUGACGGAAUUGUUUUUUAAAAAUGUCUGAAGAAUUUGGCAGGCAUAUUUUGAGAAAAUGCAUUGCCCAAAUUUGCCAAGUAAUAGGAUGGAAUUCCAUACACUCCACUCCUCUUGAGAUUUUAACAGACCUCCUUCAGCAAUACAUACAAGGGAUCGCCCGGCUUAGCAACAACUAUGCCGCUUUGUACGGUCAAACUGAACCGAACUUGGAUCACCUCGGGUUGGCAUUCAGCGAUAUCAAGAUAUCAAUAAAUGAUCUUCAAGAAUACGUUAAAUUUAUAGAUACAACAUGUGUCGCUGAAAUCCCCGUGUAUCCCAUACCCAGGGAAUCACAUCUUAACAUGCUAAAACCUGGUAGUAGAGAGGUAGUCACUAGACCUGUUCAUAUCCAUGAACACCUUCCACCGAUGCACCCACAGCUUGAAGAUGCUAACAUAGAGGAUUAUUCCAAUUCCAAUACAAAAGAAUCACAACUUGCGAAUGAAGCACAACCUAUGGAUUCAAGUUCUCCUCUUGCUAGUCCAAAAACUGGGGUGUUUAAACGACCAGGAGACCCACUUUCCUCUGACGGAAGUUCAAACAAAAGAAGGUCGGUUUUGAUGGAUGAUGAAAUAAGGCCAUUACGUGAAAUCAGUAGUGUAAUGAUGACAACCUCAGGCUUCCUCUCACCUGCCCGAGAAGGCAAACUACCCGAAGCGAGAACGAUUUCCAUUCCGAUAGAACAUGAAAAUGAAAAACCGGCCAGCAUUCCAGAAUCUCACCCACCAUCCUCAUCACCCCAAAAAGUCACUAGCGUAUCGCCUCCCGAAGCAAAGGUUGAAAAGAAGAAGAAACAUAAAUCAUGUGAUAGCAGUAAAAAGAUAGACAAGGAAAAUAAAAGUAAAGAGGAGAAUUUGCCUUAUUCCCCUCCAAAAGAAGAUGAAUCCAAAAUUAAAAAGGUAUCUACUAGUGUGAAAGAAAUGAAGGCUUUGAAAGCAGGAGCUGUUAAAGUUCAAAGUUCGACUUCUAGUAAGAAUGAUAAAAAGAAAAUCAAACAGCAGUCGUCACCAAGCCUUCAGUCUACACCGGUAAGUUCUCGUACCAACAAAGCUAAAAGUCCAAAAAGGGAAAAGCAGUCAUUUUCACCUACUUUCAAAGAUUUAAUAGAUACGGAUAGCAAUACAUUUGAUGAAAAGUUGCCAUCUGAGCCAGACAAGCAAAAGCUCAAUAUAUUUAAAAAGAUAUCUAAAGUCAAAGAAGAGCAUGAUGAGAAUAAAACUGAUAUAGACAGUAUGCAUGAGUUCAGAAGAAUAGCACUAGAUAAAACCAUUGAAGCUGUUACUCAAAAAAGUAGAAAAGCUGAACCCAAAACUGUUGAUACCAAUGCCACAUUAGACGCUGAACCCAAUAAAAAAGGACUACUUUCAUCGUCAUCAUUUCUAAAUAACAGCGUUGAAGUCACUGUGUCUAACGUCACAGCACCUCGGACACCUGAUAUACCUAAAACAUCAGAACACAAAAAGAAGAAGAAAGACAAACAUAAAGAGACGCAGGAUAGAGAAAAAUACGUGAGCAGUCCAAAGUCAACACACUUCUAUGAUGAUUUACCCAAUAAAGUGAAAACACCGGAUGUCGAUAUGAAUGUCGAAUCGAUGUUGAUGCCGUACCAUUUCUACAAUUUUCCACCAGGGCCAGGGUUAAUCCCGUAUAAUCCCCUUAUACCGCAAAUGCCGAUGCAAAUGUAUCCUAAAAACCCCAUGUCCCCAUUUGCGAAUACACUGACAAAAGAUAUUCCUCAUCUUCCACCAUCACUUACAAUAACUCCUGUUAAUCCCCCAGCGCCUACAGUUUCCUCAACUAACACGCUGUCCUCCAAUACACCUUCGCCAACAGCCAAGGUAAAUUCAGCACCGUUGACUAGUAUACAAACUCCCUUUUCGGUUGAAAAUAACAAAACACUCACCCCUUCUGCACCAUCAAGCAGUUCAUCAAAAGUGGCGUUAUCAACUUCUCCUUCACCACAGAAACAGAAGAAAUCACAUGGAAAAGAAAAAAAACUGAAAAACAAAUUGAAAAAGAAGAAGAAUAAAAAGGAAAAAAAUAAAUCCAAAGAUAAGAGUGAACGGAAAAAGUCAAAGCUUGAAAAGAAGGAUAAAAACAAAGAAAAGAGUAAACAGAAAAAAGAAAAGAAGGAGAAAAAGGAAAAGAAGAAAGAGAAGAAAGACAAAAAGGAGAAAAAGAAAGAUAAAGAGCAAAAGGAAAAUAAAGGUGACGGUGCUGCUCCAUUACCAAAAAUUACAGUUAAACUUGUAGGCUCGUCUGCGUCUGCUCAAACACCUCCACCAGAAACUUCUCACAGAAAAAUUUUUAUCAAACCUGUUGUUAAAAAGGAUGAACCGAAUAAUCCUCUUGUAAUGAAUACUCCAGAAAACUCAGUUGUGAAGCAAAAGCCAAAUAAAUCAAAACACUCAGGUAUUGUAAGUCAUGCUGAAGAUGAGGUCACAAAUACGCCUUCUAGUCAUAACACUCCUCAGCCAUCAUUUCAACCACUUGCACCCGAUCCAAAACCGGACAACGUUGAUGUUUACAAGGUUUGGAUCUGCCCUGCUUGCCGGGGUCCUGAUGAUGGGAGCCCAAUGAUUGCAUGUGAUUCUUGUGACAUGUGGUUCCACUGGACUUGUGUCGGAAUUCAGGAAGCUCCAGAAAGCGAUUGGUAUUGUCAAAAAUGUUUGAUCAAGAAUGAUGAAUUAAUAGAAAAAAAGAAGAAGCAUAAAAAAAAGAAGAGUCAACUAAAUAGUUAAUAUAUUUAUAUAGUUGUACAAAAUAAUUGUAUAUAUAUAUAUACUUUUUUAUGGUUGCAAUUUAUUACUGUUAUGACUGGAAAGCAGAAGGUAAUUUUAUUUUUGUAAUGGAUGUAGAGAAAUGUUCUUUUUUACAUUGUCUUAUACUUAAAGUAGUCUCUUAUUUAUUUUAAAAAUUUCUAUAAGAUAAAAGAUUACUGAAUGAUAGUUAACAUUAUAGCACAAUUUAACAAAUUAUUAUGUGGAUAUUUUAAUUAAUUGCAUUUUGCAGUGAUAAGUACAAUUAUGGUUUUCAUUUAGCUUCCUAAUUACACUUAACAUCUUCAAAAUAUCAACCAUGAAAAAGUCCUUCUCUUGAUCAUUGUUGAUUUUAUUUAAUUUUUAUAAAUAUUUGGUAAUUUUUAUUUUUAUUGUAUAAACAAAACAGUCAUUGAUGUAUAUUUGCAAAUGCAUAAUAUACUUUUGAAGAACAAUUUAAAAAAAUCAAUUAGAUUGUUUCACAUACAAUUAAAAAUUAUAUGUGUGAAUUUUAUUACAAUUGAUUAUUUUCUAUUUCAUAUUAAAAAUUAACUGUAUAAAGACCUGAGGUUUUAAGUGUAAUAAUCAUUAAAAUAAAUAAUAAAAUUGGGAAGAAAUAAAAGGCAGGUUUUGCAGUUAGCUCCAGUAUUUUUUGAACCUAGUUAGUAUAAAGUGCUAACAUAAACACAUUGUAAAUAAAUUUAGAACCUAAUUGCCAAAUGUAAUAUUUAAUGCCUUAAUUGAGCAUGUCGAUAAAAUUUGUGAAUAUUUUACUUUCAUCUAUUUGUAAAUAAAAGUAUUUUCUACAAAACA